GUUCCCCAGUUUUAAGUUGUCCUCGCACGCUCCGAUCGACUGCUCUAAAAAUAUCUCCUCUUCCACCUCCCAGGAGAGGAACGAGAUGGCGGCCGGGAGAGAGUACACGUCGGGCCGCUUGGAGCAGCUCAUGAGCGGCGGCAGAGAUUGGAGGACGCCGGGUUUAGUCCAGGUCAUCCUCGGCGUGGUGGGGCCGUCGCAGGAGGUGGCCGGGGAGGAACCGUCGCCGCCGGACAGGAUCGUGCUGGUGAACCCCGUGACCCAGGGUAUGGUGGUGCUGCAGGGGGACCCCGAUUUGAUGGCGGAGAUUUUGUCCGAGAGGAGCGUGGGAGAUGGCGGUCGCGGCGCUGGGGGCCCGCCGCCGGCGUCCAAGCCGUCGAUCGAGGCGAUGAGGACGGUAGAUGUGGGGGAGGGGGAAGGGGUGCGGCAGGAAGAAUGCCCGGUGUGCUUGGACGGACUAGGGGAAGUAGGGAAGGAAGAGUCGGCGGCGGUGGUGAGGGAGAUGCCGUGCGGGCAUCGGUUCCACGAGGGUUGCAUCGUGAAGUGGCUGGGGAUGCACGGGUCGUGCCCGGUGUGCCGCUUCUGGAUGCCGCCGGAGGAGGGCGUAGAUCCAAAGAAAGGCGACGGCGAGGGGGACGGGGUCGAAAACGAGGAGCAGAGGAGGAGGAGGAUAAGAGGGAUGUGGCUUACCAUCGUCUACAGACGAGGCAGAGGUGAAGUAAGCGAUCAAGCGUCGCAAUCGCCGGGAGAAGAAGACGGUGGAGGAGGAUAUAGUGGCGGCGAUGCUGCCGCUGUUUCUGCCGAAACCGACGGUGGCAUCGAACGAGUGGCUCAAUAAAACUGAUCUCUGUUUUUUUCUCAUUUCUCUUUUUUGUUUUUUUUAUUAUUGUGUGUUUUUAAAUAAAAAUGAUGAAAUAAAGACGACUAAAAAUUUUUGUAUAA